CGCACAUUUUCUUAUAAUCUUACUAGUACGGAGUAUUAAUUACUACCGAGUAGAAUGUGAAAUUAUUUGACCCACACAGGUACAAAUUGUGAAUUCAAUAAAGUACCCGCACAGGUAGCUCAGUUAGUCGAGUGGUGGGAAAAUUGGACGAAGUGACCAAUGUUCGAAACUCACAGCAGCCGUGUGAAGGUUACAGAAUCCGAAAUAAAAUUAGAUCUCUGGUGCGCACGUGUAUAAGAUCUACCGUCACUUUGUUGUCGGAUUAGGGUAGGGCUAAUGGGGUAGGAGAUUCCACCAUCAAUGUGAAUUCAAUAAAGUUAACACGCGUUUCGCUUUGAAAUUGGGACAGCAUUAUUCAAUGUCAAGAAUUGUUGACAUCUACCAACUUGAUUGAGAGUCGGAGAUGUAAAUAUCUAAUCAUAUACCCCUAAAUUAUGAGGCUCCAACUUAACGAGUUAACGUAACGUCACCUGUGACAAUAGAAUGAAAGAUGAACCCGCACCGGUAGCUUUGUUGAUCCAGAGGUGAGAGAUUUGAAAUAAUGGAUCAAGGUUCGAAUCCCGCAGCGAUCGGGUGGAGGUCAUAGAACCUGAAAUAAGGCUGAACCUCUGAUGCUCAUGGGUGUAUAGGCUACUGUUAUUCUUCUGACUGAGUCACCGUGACUAACCUCCCCACCAUCCUGUCAGGUCAGGAUGAGGGCUCCUAGGGUGGGAGAUUCCACCUUUUUGAACAAUAGAAUGAAAGAUAAUUGGUCUUCCUCCAAGUACUCCAUGCGGCAUUAUUUAAAGACCAUUACAAACAUAGACACUCACUCAAUAUUGAAAAGAAUAUCAUAUCCCCAUGGCCAUACAUCAAACAGUCACCGUAUUGGACCAAAUUGCAGUUUCUCCACCGCCGGAAACAACCGCCGAAAUAUCCAUUCCCCUAACAUUUAUUGACGUGGUAUGGCUAGUAACGGCACCGGUGCAUCGGCUCAUAUUUUAUCACCACCCCAUAUCAAGAACCGACUUCGUAGAUUCUCUAAUUCCUAGGAUGAAAGAUUCCUUAUCCCAAACUCUCCGACACUAUAGUCCCUUAGCAGGUAGAGUGAUUGUCUCACCAGACAAAACAAGCAUUCCGGAAAUUCGUUAUGUGGAGGGCGACACCAUUCCGUUGGUCAUCGCGGAGUUUGACUCAACGAACUCCAACGAUUUUAGCCAGCUAGUGUCAAACGAUGCAAGAAGUUCAAUGGAUUUGAACCCACUAAUUCCAAGACUACUCCCGUGUUCACGAGCACCGGAUGGCUCACUCGCAAUCCCAUUGUUCGCAUUACAAGUGACGCUAUUUCCCGAUGUCGGGAUAUGCAUAGGUGUGACCAACCACCACACAACGGGUGAUGGGAGUAGCAUCUUCCAGUUCAUGAAGGCUUGGGCUUUCUUUUCUAGCCACCGUGAAGACGACAAGGGCAAGAUUUCAUUAUCAUUGCCAUCUCGGUAUUUGCCGGUUCACGACAGAACACUAUUCAAAGAUCCCAAAGGAUCCGGACUAGCAAAGGUUUAUUGGGACUUGGUGAAAACCAUCAACAUUGAGGAAUCACAUAAUGGCUAUCGCCUUCCACUUGUCACCGACAAGGUCCGGUCUACAUUUGUGGUCACACGAGACGACAUUCAACGACUUAAGAAUCGCGUACUCGCUCGAAGUCCCAAACUAGUACACGUCUCGUCAUUCACGGUGACUUGUUCAUAUGUAUGGAGUUGCCUAGUUAGAUCAAGAAAUGUGAUAAACAAGGAAGACAAAGAAGAGGAAAUGGAGAAUUUUUUGUGCCUGGCCAAUUGCCGGGCGCGUUUGGACCCUCCCUUGCCUACAAACUACUUCGGCAAUUGUGUGGUGCCAUGUUUGGGAAGCACGAGCACGAAAAGCCUAAUGGAGGAUGAAGGCUUUGUGAAGGCGGCGGAGGCGAUCGGGGAGGGAAUUCGUAGCCAAUUAUACAAUGAUGAUAAGGAUGGAGUGCUGAGAGGCGCCGGUGACUGGCUGGCGGUUAUGGCCAAGAUGAGGGUGUGUAUGAGCCUGGCUGGGUCGCCCAAGUUUGACUAUUAUGAGCUGGAUUUCGGGUGGGGGAAGCCUGAAAAGUUUGACAUUCCUUCUAUUGAUCUAACCGGAGCCACUUCUGUUGGUGCGGCUAAGGAUCACGAAGGUGGGCUGGAGGUGGGUUUGGCAUUGUCUUGUGAACAAAUGGAAUCUUUUGCUAGAAUUUUCUCUGAGGGGUUGAAAGCUUUAUGAAGCUUUGGGCUGCUUUUGUUUACAUCACUACACUGAUUUUUCACGACUAAUAAUAAUGGUAAUUUAAUCAUUUAUUUCUUUACGCGCCUAGGCCCCACCUAUUAGAACACGGCUUGCCACUAAUAAUUUUGGAAUAAACUUUGAUGCUUUCUAGUAUGUGCGGAGUAUUAAAUUAUUGGAAAAGUUUCAAAAUAAGACUUCUCCAUCCCUUAUCUUCUUCCCCAUCCAUUUUCUUGCAUCUGCCAUCACAACUUCUAAUCUCAUGCCUCCAUUUUUUCUUCUCUUCUAUAAUACCUUUAAUUUCAUUCUAGCAAUCUCGAUUUUCUUCAUCUUCGUCGAUUUUCAGUGAUAUGAGCAUGAAUUUUCUCUUCAUUUUCGGCCAUCAGUGAGCUGCGAGGACGGCGAGCGGCGGCGAAUGGUGAGUGGCCACUGGUGGACGGCAACCAGGUACCAUUAAACAGUAGAAAGAGUAAAUGGUGAUGGGACUUUUUGAAUCUUCAGUGUACGGAGUAGUAUAAAAGCAGUAUGGAUCAAAUCCAGUCAGCCUGUCUUGAGGCAUGCGUACACGUAUCUCAAGAAAAAAUAAGUAGUGUUAAAUCUGAAAAAUAGAAAAAAAAAUAUCAGCUCACUAAUUCAGCCAGCCUGUCCCUUGGGACAGGUGAACCUUCUUUAGGAAGGUUUGUCCAUUUUUUUCUAUAAAUACUAGAAACCUCAUUUUUUCACCACUCCAACCUUUUAUUUCUCUUUCACUUGAUGUUUUGAAUUUGCAAGAAAAAAUAUCACCGGUAUAUAUGUAUGUGUACAUGUGUGUUAGUGUUAGUACUAUAUAUUCGAUAGAAGGCGUUCUUUUGUGGAUGAGAAUGGAAUAAAAGUCUAGAGGUAGAUGCAUGGUCUCUCCAUAACCAAUCCCUAAUGAAAACUUGUGGUUCAUGCAAAAAGAGAUUUAAGACUUAUCUCCUUCUCAUUUUUAUAUGUACUAAUUCAAUGAAGGGAUUGCAUUUCAACUUCAUAUACACAACAUUUUUUUUAUGAAGAACAUAAAAAAUUUACGAAAAAACAGAGUGCUUUGAGCUUGGGUUUAUAUAUGCAUUCUAUGUUUUGUAUUCCUAUAUAGACACACACAGUUGAUUGGCUAAUAGAGUUCAUAUUUUAAAAAUACUAAAGCUUGGCUUGGUUGAGGAAACGGUUUGAAGUAAACGUCGAUUUCUAUCACAUAGUAGUUUAGACAUGUCAUAUUAGAAUGAGACUAUUUUUAAAGGCAACAUCAAUAUAAGUGAUGUGAGGUAAUCAACAAUAUGAUUGUUUUGUGCAAGUGUAGGUAAGAGAUUUAGUAUAGUUUGAACACCUGCAGAAAAGAUCAAACAUGAGAUCUUUGUAAAAUUGUAUUUAUGUACUUCCAUUUUACUACUUAAAUAUAUAUUUCUUGUAUUAAAUUAGAAAGCAUUGCUCUUACCUCAAAUAUUGUGUGCUUGAGUAUUUGUUAACCUGAAGGGGUUACAUGUUAGAGGGAAAUGCUACAUUGAUAUCAGUUCAAUUUCCUACAGAAAUUGAAAAGGGUAGGACAAAAAUAAGGUAGUUGGUUCAGGUUAGACAUACUCCAAUAGUACAAUUGCUAUGUCUAAGUCAUGUGUAAAAGUAUCAGUUUUUUAGACACAAAAAGAUGCAUUCAAAUACAAUGUGAUCCGUAAUACUCAUAUGACCUUUGGAGUUCAUGUUUCGAAGCACAAAAGAAAGCUUCUCUAAGUUUUGAUUGAGAACCUCAUUUUAGGUGCGCAAUUUCAUUGAAGGCAUUGUUUAGAAUGUCAAAUGUACCAUUGUCCUUCAAUGGAGGUUUUAGUAAUUGAUUACCUAAGACAGAUUAUAUUACAUAUGGAGUAUUAUAUUUCAUAUCAUGCCUCCAAUACAAGUGUAAUUAAAAACCUCACCAUUCGGAAUAUCAUUUAACUUUUAUUUUGUGUUACAUUGUUAAGAAAAGUUAUUUAGUAAGAAAAUUACCUUUCUUAGAUGAAAGAGCUGGGGUUUGAUAUAGGAUAUAAGCGUCGUGAGAGUUUUAGAGCAUUAUUUUUAAGACAAUGUAUUUGUAGGUCGUACAAGUCAAUCUUCUAUUAAAACAAACUCAUAGAAGGUAUGGUACAUGUAGAAUUGAUGUCUUCAUACAACGGUCUAAUAUCUUCUUAACAAAAUAUAUUAGAAAAACAAUCUAAAAUACACGUUUGAAAAUAAUACUCCAUAGUUUAUAACAUGAGGUAUAACAACAUAUAUAUAAUUUAAUGGUAUGGACUCUAACCAUAUGAUUAAAUCAAAUAUUUGUCAUAUUAAAAAACUAUUUAUGAAUAAGUCUAAAAUAGAACGGAGUAGUUGAAAGAUUUAAAUUCAAAAUUUGGAAAUUAAAAACAAUAAACAUAAUUGUUACAAAAAAACUAGAGGUUUGAAUUAAGGGUGAAAAAAAUAAUUGCCCCGAGGGUUUGUUUCGCAGCAACGCCUUUCAGAUAGGGUUUCGUAUAGGAAAUUUCACAUGCAUCUUUGUACAAGUCGUAAAGUAGAUUACUAAAAAUUUUAGUUUAAAAUUCAAAUAAAUGAACCCAAAAUUGUAGAUUUGGAUGGAUUGUACCUUUAAACACAAUAUUACACCCUUUCUCUGAGAAGCUUCAAGGAGAUCGUAGUCGCUUUCCCAUAUCAAAUAUCACCUUCCGGCCUUGGUCAACGAUUAACACGGUUGUAAUUGAAUGGUAUAUAAGGACUCCAGAGAGGCACGAGUAGUACAGUUUAGGGAGACGGGUUUAGAGGAAUAUGUUGUGAGAUCACGGUCUUCUACGUAUUGGGAUCGAGAUGGCCGGAGUUUACCAUGGAUGGAGGAGAUCUGAAGAUGUUGGUUGUUUGAAGAUCGUUAGCGGUGAAGAUGUACGAAAGGUCUGGAUGGGUUGUAGACAGUAGAGGCUCAAAAAGCGGCAGCUUACCAAAACCUACAUGAAGCAACAUAUAUAGGGAUGAGUAUUGUUACACUCUCUUAGCAGGAGUACUACGUAUCUAGCAGCCCUCAUUUCUAACAUUUACAAUUGUGUAAUAUAGUGGAUGGAUUGAUCAUUUGGAUUGUUUCUUUAACAAAUCAAAAUUAUGUGUUUGCAAAAUUUAAAGGGCUGAUUAGAUGCCCAAUUUCAUAAUAUGUACACUGUUAUUAAUAAACUCAAUGAUACAAUUAGGAAGCGUUUAAUUACACUGAAAUUUUCUGGUCUCA